GGGGCAUGCAAUUUUCAAAACAUAGGAGCUCUGCCUAGAUCUGAGGCGUCUUAAUCGCCUACGCCAAUAUUUCGCAAGUGUGACUACAACCUACAACUUUUACAUUAUGUCCGUCUUCUUAACUGUUUUGUCAGGUGGGAUCGUGUUGUAUUUGUUGCUGUACUACACAUUGUUUAAGGGUUCCCGCUGCAGAAGCAGUGCUAUGUUGAAAGGGAAAACUGUUAUUGUGACAGGCAGCAAUACAGGUAUUGGGAAAAGCACAGCGAUGGACCUAGCCAAGAGAGGUGCACGUGUCAUUCUAGCCUGUCGCAACAAACAGAAAGCAGAAGCUGCUGUUUAUGACAUUAGGAGGGAGAGUGGAAACAGUGAAGUGCUGUACAUGCAGCUGGACUUGGCGAGUCUGAAGUCGGUGCGUUCCUUCGCCAAAACAUUUUUGAAGACAGAGCCUCGACUCGACUUGCUCAUCAACAACGCAGGGCUCAUGGGGACAGGUCAAACGGAGGACGGAUUUGGGUUGGUCUUCGGGGUCAACCAUCUAGGUCACUUCCUGUUGACCUGCCUGCUCCUGGAGCGGCUGAAGCAGAGCGGACAGAGUCGCGUGGUGAACGUGUCGGCGCUGCUCCACCGCCUGGGCACCAUCGACUUCGCCACCCUGAGUGCCCAUAAGGACCUGGUGACAGGGCAGUCCAGCUGGCACGGCUUCAUGGCCUACUGCCACAGCAAGCUGUGCAACGUCCUCUUCACCCGUGAACUGGCCAACCGCUUGGAGGGCACCAAUGUCACCUGCUACAGCCUUCACCCAGGGGUAAUCAACACAGAGUUCUCCCGCAACCUGAGCCUGUGGCAGCGGCUGCUCUUUCUGCCUUUCUCCCGGCUCUUCUUCCUGGACCCAGAGGCCGGUGCCCAGACCACCCUGCACUGCGCCCUCCAGGAAGGUAUUGAGCCGUUCAGCGGACGCUACUUCUCCGCAUGUGCCUUACAGGGAGUUAGCGCGAAGGCAAGAGAUGACGGUCUGGCUAAGAAGCUGUGGGAAGUCAGUGAGAGGCUAUGCGGUCUGUCCUGAGCUAGAGGUUAGGGAAUGUUGCUCCUGAGCUAGAGGUUAGGGAAUGUUGUUAGGGAAUGUUGCUCCUGGAAUAUGUGCUGCACUUUUCUCUGGAUUUCCAGUGUUACUUGCAUGUAAGACAUCAAAACUUUGUUUUUGUCUUUAUACUUGCAACAAGCCUUAUCAAACUGACAUUGUUUGGAAAGUAACAACUGAUCUAUGCACAGAUAGAGAGAGACAGAUAGAGAAUUUUACUGUGCUUUUCUAUGACAUUUUAAAAAAAUAUGUAAUCUUGAUUUUCCCUUGACUGAUGCUUCAUACUCUAAUGCGUGAAUAUUAAAAAUGCCAAAUAGUGACACUUCACCUCAAAUCAAAAUACACUGUCAGUACUACAUUCUGUACUUAUCGAACUCUGCUCCCUUUUCUCUAUGCAAUUUUGUUUUUGUAAGCCAUUAAUAAAUUACCAUUUGAUCA